AUGUCCGUAUGUGGUAAAUGCGAAUGUCGUUCUUUUUGUAAUAGAGCCGGUCCAGCGGUAUGUGGUACGGAUAAUGUGAGUUACCUCAGUGAAUGUCACCUCGCCGUGCGUUCCUGUCUUGCGCGUGCGGAAGAAAAAUCGGAAAUUAGAGUUAAACAAAUUGGUGCAUGUGAAAAGCGUAAUCCGUGCGAAGAUUUACGAUGCGGGCCCGGUGAGCAAUGUGUGAUAUCGGAGAAUGGAAAAGGUUAUAUCUCAGCGCAUUGUGUUUGUCCGGAACAGUGUGACGAUUUUGGUGACAGUGUUGAAUCGUCACCUGUCUGUUCUAAUGAUGGAAUUGAUUAUCCAUCUUUAUGUCAUCUUCGAGCGCAUGCAUGUAAAACGAAACAUAAUGAAAGUGUAAAAUAUUAUGGUAAAUGCGACCCUUGCAAGGAUUUCAUCUGUUCCGCAGGUACAAUAUGCAAGGUAACAGCGGAUCGACGUGUUGAAUGUCGUUGUUCACAGCAAUGUGCAAUGCAUUCUGAUCCUGUUUGUGCUACUGAUGGAAAUACAUAUGAAAAUGAAUGUUUGAUGUCGGUGUCAGCAUGUCGUCAUGAUAAGGAAAUUCUGAUUUAUCAUAAAGGACGCUGUAAAGAAGAUAAUCCAUGUAAAUUGAUUCAUUGCUCGGAUUUGGAGACGUGUCACAUUCAGGAAAAUGGCACAGCCACAUGCGAAUGCAUUCAGUAUUGUCCACCUGUUACGAAACCUGUCUGCUCCAUUAAUGGGAAAACGUAUGAAAACGAAUGUGUGAUGCGACGUUCCGCAUGUUUAUCAAAAAUACACAAUGCCGUACGGCAUACAGGUCCUUGCGGCUUUGGUGUGUGCACUGGUUAUGAUGGUUGUGGACCAUCUGAAGUAUGUAUUGACCGAAAUGGACAUCCAGUAUGCGAAUGUGAAUCUUGCGAUUUGCAACUUAACGAAGUUUGUGCAUCCGACGGCAUCACUUAUGCAAAUGAAUGCAAAAUGCGUCUCGAGUCCUGUUUGACUGGCAAAUUUAUUUAUCAAAAGUAUAGUGGAGUGUGUGAUGGCUGUGCAAAUGUUCGUUGCGAAUUUUAUGCUACUUGUGUGUCGGAUGAAACUGGCAGUGGUUCUUGUCAAUGUCCAAAUCAAUGCACUUAUGACAAUUCCGGGACGAUAUGUGCAACAGAUGGUAACACAUAUCGUUCAGAAUGUCAUAUGCGCCAAGCUGCAUGUCAGCAACAGAAAUUCAUAGUUAUUGCUUUCCGAGGUUCCUGUGAUAGUUGCUCGAGCACUAUUUGUCUUGAUGAACAACAAUGUGAGGACGGCAUUUGUUCCUGUCCAAGUAACUGUCCGGAUGUUACCGAAAAUAGUACGGUAUGUGGUAGUGAUGGAAUAUUUUAUCCAUCGAAAUGUCAUUUGAGGAUGGCAGCCUGUCAGAAAGGUUUUGCAAUUUCCGUCCAGCAUCUUAGCAGCUGCAAACAGUCACUUCGUAAAAUUGAUGAAUUAUCGGCGAUGAGUAGUUGCGAUCAGCAGAGCUGUUCCUUCGGUGGCAUUUGUGUAGUACUUACCGAGAAUCAUCUAUCCGAUAUAUGUCUCUGUGAUUUCAAUUGUUCCACAAAAGAUGCCGAUAUGGAAGCCAUUUGUGCUAGUGAUGGAAAUGUCUACAAUUCAACAUGCUUCAUGGAUUUGGCAUCCUGUAAACAGCAAAAAUCCAUUUAUCAGAUGACACCAAUACAUCUUUGUCAUUAUCAUGAUGAAUGCAGCUGCAACCGUAUCGGAUCGUAUAGUAACGCAUGUGAUCGGCAUGGACAAUGUCGAUGCCUUCCUGGUGUGGGUGGCAAGAAAUGCGAUCACUGUGUGUCAGGUUUCUGGGGAUUACAGUUGAUAGCUAAAGGUGCAUUAGGAUGUCAACCAUGUGGCUGUUCAGCAUUUGGCUCUUCACGCUUUGAUUGCGAGCAGUCAUCAGGUCGUUGUCAGUGCAAACCGGAUUCAUACGGUUUGAAAUGUGAUUCCUGUGGUCCAGAUUUCAUUCUAACUUCAAACGGUUGUAUGAAAAAGGCAGAAUUGUACGCUCCCAAGGACUGCAGCGAAUUACGAUGUUAUCAUGGAGGGGUGUGCGUGAUUGCACUGUCAGGAAUGCCGAUUUGUAAGUGCUCGAAAGAAUGCGCAUUGGAGCAUCUCGGGACUGUGACUGAAAUGACCGUCUGUGGAUCUGAUGGCAACACUUACGAUAAUAUCUGUGAACUGCAGCAGUUUGCAUGCAUGUAUCAAUUGGAUUUAGUUCCUUCGUCACUUGGCACCUGUCCACAAGAAGUUAGUAGCAAUAACGGUGAGACGCAACGACGUCGAGAACGUAAAUUAGGUGGACAAGCACUUUUAGGAAAUUUAUGCGCAGAUGAUACUGAUUGUCGUAUUUUUAAUACGUACUGUGAUGAAAUGAAUUUUUUGAAGUUGAAGUCAUGCAAAUGUAAAGAAGGAUUCUUUCCAUCGAAGGAUAUGACGCAAUGUAUACAAGAAAAAGAUGAUAAUCAGGACAGUUCAUGGAAAUUGGAUGGAUUCUCCGGAAUGCAAAUUGUCAUCGAAAAGUCAUUGAAUCGCCUCUUUUCCAUUCAAAUGAAGGUUCGAGCACAUAAUACCUCGGGAGUAUUACUGUGCAGUGGCUUAAAUGAAAUGAAUGAUUUCAUCCUUCUGUUAUUAUCGGAAUCUAAACUUAUAUUUAGUUUCUCAAUGAAUGUUGAAGUAUUUGUUAUGGAAUGGGAACCACUAUUGGAUAUGACUCGCUCAUACGGAAUUGCAAUUAAUUUUUUAUAUGAUCAAAUUUCUUUAACUGUUGAUGAUUUGCCUCCAGUAGUUUUCAGACUGCCAUCCGCAGUCAUCAGUUAUCCACCUAAACUUGACACAUCGAUAUAUCUAGGAUACAUACCGGUGGAGCUCCUUCGUUUACAUUCAAUGCAAACAGCGUUAAGCAAUUUUACGGGCUGUCUGUCAAAUAUUUUUAUUAAUGGGCGCAAAAUAUCCAAAGAAAGCAUGAAAUUUUUGGGCAAUAUUGGUCAACUCUGUGAGCAGCAAAUAUGUGAAAAUAGUGAAAUCUGUGAUGACAAUCCAUCCAGUAUCAAGAUCGUCAGUGAAGAACAAUUAAACUUGAAAUCAAAUCAUGCAAUCCCACUGUUCGUUACUGAUGGUGUUUUAAUGAAGAGAAACUUAAGAAUGGAUGUGAAAGAAGAGUUGGACUUAGAAAUAUGGCUAAAAGCAUUGGAUUCAGAUGGCCUAGCAUUCUAUUGGACAAAUUUAGACAGUAAAACAGGACAGUAUAUAGACGGUAAUUUUGUAGCAUUAGUGUUAAUCACUUCACAACCAUACUUCUUCUGGAAUCUUGGCUCUGGGAUUGUUUAUAGCAGAUCCAAUACAUCAGUUUUGAACGAUCAGUUCCAUUCGAUCCGUUUUCAAAAAUACUUACUCAGUAGUUCACUUCAAGUUGAUAACAAACACACUGAAACCCACAUUUCUCAGCGUGGCUAUUCACGUUUGGACGCAAACGGUGCAGUGGCUUUCAUUGGCGGUGUUCCAAACAAAACCAUCAUACCAAGUGCGGUACCACAACUUGCGGUACCAUUUCGAGGUGCAGUAAAACAGCUGGUCAUUAAUGGACAUGUAUUUUCUGAUCUUUUCAAAGAAUUUCAACAAAUUGGUCGUGUUAUGCAAUACAACGAUGUUCCAUGUUCUAAUGUUAAAAGUGAAAACAGAAGUUGUAGAUGGAAAUUAGAUGAAUAUCAAAUACCGGAAUAUAUCCAGCAAGAUGAAGAAGCAGACACAGAUCUGAGCGAUAGUCUUUUGCUUGAUGGACGAAACGAAUAUGCUUUAGUGAAAAAACUGUUUUCAAAAAAACAGUCGAAGAUAAUGGCAGAUUAUCGGUUUAUGAUAAAAACUAAUAAAUCAGAGGGUUUAAUUUGGUGGGAAAGCAAGAGACAUACGAUUCGUUCUCACUAUUUGGCAAUAUUUCUUCUCGCUGGACGACUUAGUUUUGCGAUAAAUUUGGGCAGUAAUUCAAAAGUUAAAAUAAUUGGAUCAAAUACAAUUGUAAAUGAUAAUUUAUGGCACAGCAUUGCGCUUUUACGAGAGAAGCGAAAGGCUUUGCUAACUGUGGAUAGUGAAAAAAUUACUUAUAUUUUACCGUCUGGUACCACAGAGUUAAUCACUGAUGGAAUUAUUUGGAUUGGUGGAAAAAAGAAAGUACCACGAAGUUUUCCAGUAAAAACACCGUACAAGGGAUGUUUACGAAACUUACGAAUCUCAUCACAAUUGAUUAACAUACGACGGGAAUUUUCAUCAAACAAAACAUUUCGAAGAUGCGAAAAUUAG